CUCUUGUAAAAAACGGUGAAUCCCCAGGCCAGUAGAUGAUAAACGAUGGAUGCUGGUCGUGGAACAUUUAUUGACUGCCAUUGUCAUUUAGCUGCAAAUGAUUUCAAAGAGGAUCUUGCUGAAGUGAUUUCCAGAGCCACAAAUAAUGGAGUAGAGGCUGCAUUAGUAGUGGCAGAACAUCAUGGAGAGUUUGAGAGGAUCUUAGAGUUAUCAAGAAACUUUCCUUGUUUUGUGCUUCCAUGCUUAGGUGUCCAUCCUGUGCAGGGCUUAAGUCCCGAUACACAAAGAAGUGUAAAUGAGAAUGACAUUGAGGAGGCAUUGCUUGCUAUUGAGAAAUAUGCUGAUCAGCUGGUAGCAGUUGGGGAGGUAGGUUUGGAUUUCACUCCAAGGAUUGCAAAAUGUUCUGAAGACAAAGACAUUCAGAGACUGGUUCUAACAAAACAGAUUCAACUUGCCAAGAGACUAAAUCUACCCCUAAAUGUUCAUUCUAGAUCUGCAGGCAGACCAACUAUUGCUUUGCUUCAUGAACAAGGUGCUGAGAAUGUAUUGCUUCACGCAUUUGAUGGUAAGCCGUCUGUAGCUAUGCUGGGUAUACAAUAUGGCUAUUACUUUUCCAUACCGCCCUCUAUAGUUAGGAGUGGACAAAAGCAAAAGCUAGUUAAACAGCUCCCUCUUGAGAAGAUUCUAUUGGAGACAGAUUCCCCAGCAUUGUCUGCAGAAAAACAAAAACGGAAUGAACCCAGUAACAUUCAUAUAUCAUGUGACUACAUCGCGGAGGUCAAAGGUGUGUCAGUGGAGACAGUUCGGCAAAUCACCAGAGAAAAUGCCCUUAGACUUUUCCCCAAAAUUCAGAAGUUUCUAAAAACAAGAUGACAUUUUGAAGGACUGUAGUUUAUUCAUUUUAAAUUGAUGAAAUAGGAAAGAUUAUUUAAUGUGGCCAUUGUAAUAUAAUUAUUAGACCAAUUUAUGGAUAUGAACUAUGCCUAAGCAUAAAAAGAUUACAAACACUAUCAGAUGAGACAAUGCUUUCAAUUUGAAAGCAGAGAGGACAUUUUUUUCCCUCAAUUAUCAACAUCAAGGGAGCUUUCAUUUAUUUAUGUUUAUUCUAUGUAGAGAUUUUCAUUAUUAUUCUUUUAGAACUUGGAGAAUGAUAAUAGUUGAUAAGUGUUUAAGAAGUGUAGUAUUCAUUGAUCCAGUGGUCCAUCUUAUGGCACUUCAAAUUCCACCCAGAGUCAAAUUAUGGUGUGACUUUCAAAUUUGUAAUGAAGGAGAGUUCUUUCCUGAAUUCGAUAAUAGCUUAUAUUAGAGUUAGUUUGGAAAAUCAUUACUUGGUCUAGGUCUCUUCCCACUUAAUCUUAAUCUGACUCCAAUUUGUUUGAUCCAAUUUGUCUACAGGAAACCCCAUGUAGUAACAAAUUUAAUCUGAUUGCAUCUAUGUCCUUGAUCCAUUUGGUCAUAUUAGGUAGCCAUUCGAAAGCUAGGGUAAUGAAUAUCCAGUAUUUAGAAACAUCACUUGGGCCAGUAUUUACAUGUAGUUCUUGAAUCUCUGUAUUUUACACAAUAUUCUGCUUAAUUAUUAUAACAUCUUUUUAUUCAAUUACUUUAUUUGGCUAGGUAUUUUGCUUAAAUCCAAGUCAGCCCUCUUCCUGGCUAAAGUCUGACUUGUAUGCUGUUUACAAAUUCAGUCAUUCAUUCUGCUUACAGAUAUACUUUGGGUGAUUUCAAUACAGUGUUCAGUUUUAGUAUAGACACAACUCAAGAUUUCAAUACUGUACUUGAAAUCACCCUUUGUCCAUUAUGUGGCUUAGAAUUAUCGAUGACACCACUGGCGGAUCCAGGGGAGGGGGGCAAAAACCGGCCCUUGCCCCCCCCCCCCCUUGAGUCACAAAUAAAAUUUGUAAUGUAAAAAAAAAACAAGUUACCCCCCCCCCCCCCUUUGAAAGUGAAGACCUUUUUUUUUUGGGGGGGGGGGCUUGUCAAAUUUUUCCUCUGGAAAAUGUGCCCCCCCCCCCUUUUGGAAAAUCCUGGAUGUCACAAUGGUUAUUACAAAGUUUUUUGCUUAAAUUUGGCUCGACAAAGUAAAACAUGUAGAAGUAAUCUGAAUACAUGCAGGUGUAUAAUCAUUUUGCUUAGCCAAGUAAAAUGCUUAGUAACUUACACUGUAGUCAGUCAGUGCUCUGAAUUUAAUAUUGGCCUUUGUAGUCUUCCUGCUUAGACCAACUAGUAAUAGACCAAAUUAUAAAGACAAAGAGUGGGAAAACUAAAUAAAGAGGCAAUUAGAUCAAGAGAUGAAAUAACCCAAGAGAUCAUUAGAUUACCUGGGUAUUGAUUAGAGACCAAGCUUCCCCUUCCCCUUGCUAUCUUUAUCUCUUAUUCCUUCUCCUCAAUUUCCUAACCAUUCUUCUUCUCUCUAUUUCUUCACUAUUUCUUUAUUUCCUUUUCUAUUUCAUCUUUCUCAUUUUCUUUUCACUCUUUAUUAUCUGUCAUCCCCUAUUACACAUUUUCUUUUCAAGUUUUCUCAAAUUCCAAAUACUUUUACCCACUCAAUCUCCCAUGCCAGGUACACUAUUGAAUUGGGAUACUUCCUUGAAAUCUAUCUCUUUCACCUCAACAAGGCAUUGUAUUUAGAUGUCAAUUUAUAGAAGUCAUAGUCCUGAUGUAAUUUCCAAGUUCCAUUCAAAGUCCAAUUCAUCAAUUUUCUUGUGAACUUAUAGCUAAAUUAGCACACAAUUGACUUACAUAAUCUUCAAAUAUAUUGAAAUACAUAUUACAUGUAUUUUUAUUCAUAAGCAACAAAAACGAGUAAAACAAUCAUCAAUACAAACCAUAUCAUAAUGAUAAAUUAAUAUUGCCAUGAUAUUCACUUUUACAUGCAUAAUCAUGAUUCCAAGGUAUUAUGUAUGUAAUGAUGUAGAUUUGCAUAGAUGGUGUAAUCUACUAUUACCUGUACAUUAGAAACUUGUGCACUUGAGCUGGUAAGUUCCAAACUCUCACCACAGUAAAAUCUUCUGAAUGUGUAUUUAUCAGUAUACAUGAGUAAAAAGUCUGAGCAUGCAUGAAAAGAAACAAAACCCCUUUUCAUCACAUAAUUUCCCACAAUAUAAACAUGAGUUACGUGAUUUAAAACAGAAUAACAUUUAAAAAAUUAGUUUUGAUUCCACUGUGAUUUACAUGUACAUACAGUAGUUGCGGAACUGUAUUUCUUUAUUGCAUUUUUUCCAGCAAGUGGAAAAACAAUGAGAUUAACACAAAAAAGGUAAAAACCUCAGAAAACCUCAAAGAAACAUGUAUAAAUAAAUGUGUAGUAUUAAUGAUCAAUUUUACAUAGAUGUUAUUACAUAAGAGAGCUUAAGUUCUACUCAGAAUUUUCCCAAUACAUUUCUAUUUGUUUUUUAAAUGUUGUAUCCUUUGUUGCACCACUAUACAUUAAAUGUUUUCAUGCAAUACCGGGUACACAUUUAUUGUACUUUCCCCCAAAUGAUCUGAAUUGGUAACCAUUACUAUGAUGAGGUAAAAAUGUUUACCGGUAUACAAUGUGUUUGCAAAGUGUAUUUACUUUUUCAAUUCGCUAUUUUAAAUGGAUAACUGUAGUUGAUAUACAAUGUAAUAUGACGAGAUAUGACUAGAUGUGAUAUGACAACAUAAUGAUCUAGAUAUGACUAGAUACAACAUAAUGACUUGCCCAAAAGCAAUUAGACAUUUAGAUUUUCCUCUCUUGAAUAAAAUUUCAUUCAACUUCAUAUUAAAAUAAAAAUCUUUGUCUCUGUGUGUACAUUGCUAUUCAGAAUUAUAUUGAAAAUAGAUUUAGCAAGUAACAUUAAUCUAAAUAAGCCAAGAGUGAAAAAAAAAAAAUGGGAAGCCAAAUACCUGGGUACGAUUACAUGUACAUAACAGUAAUGCUAUCAUUUCUGUACCAAUUUUUUCUUUCUUUUCAUCUCUCACUCACAGUAAUUCCAUCAUUUCUAUACCAUAUUUUUUUCUUUUUACCUACAUAAAUACAAUUUAGUUCAUAAAAAUAUCAAUUACAAUGAACAGAGCACGACAUUAUGCAUAGUUUGAUUUCGUCAUUAUUGCAUGAUUCUUAUUUUAAUAUUUCAAUAAUGAUGUCAGUAAAACCAUUAUUAAAUGCACUGCAGCAUAACUCAUGCACUUUUUCGCACAUCUUAGAGAAACACUUAUACAGCAUUUAUUGCUCAUUUGUCUUUCAAAAGAAACUAGUUGAAUGUCUACAUGUAUACAUUUCUUUAAGAUUCAAUCAAAUUUACAUGAAUGAAUAUGCUUUUUUAUUAUUGCAAAUCAAUGAGAUGCAACGUCUCUUAAAUUCAAAAUUACUCUAAUAAAUUUCAUCAUACUGUAUACGAUGCUUAGAAACUGAAAGAUGAAAGUUGCAGGAAAUUCAUCCUCAUACAUGUAAGUUCCACUUUUGCACCUUUGUUUUCAUCUAGAUUGUAUAGAACAAUAUGUACGAUUGACUAGAUGUACAUGUAAUUUAAUGUUCCAAGAUGCAAAGAAUAGAGAUUGUUUAUGAGUCGGUCUCCUAGUCAAGACUUGCAUGAUGGCCAGCAUCAAAAGAGUGUUGACAACUUCAUCUUACUCCAUCAUUGAAAACCUUCCACUCAGAAU